GUAGAAUCACCCAGUAUGUAUAAAAGAGAGACAUGGGCCCUAAGUGAUGACGAAAAGCUAAAAGCAGUCCCUGUCCUGCAUGGAGAAGGAAACAGACUGUUUAAACUUGGACGCUAUGAAGAUGCAACCAAUAAAUACAGAGAAGCUGUUAUUUGUCUGAAAAAUAUACAGACUAAGGAAAAGCCAUGGGAGGUGCCGUGGAUGAAACUGGAAAAGAUGAUUAACACUUUGAUUCUGAAUUACUGUCAGUCCCUGCUCCGCAUGGAUGAAUUUUACGAAGUGCUGGAACACACAACUGACUUGAUCCAACACCACCCAGGUUUGACAAAGGCUUAUUUCCUGCGCGCUAAGGCCAACGCUGAAGUAUGGAAUGAAGCUGAAGCAAAGAAAGAUUUUGAGAAAGUCAUGGAACUUGACCCAACAAUGACCCGUCAAGUCAAGAAGGAAAUACUGAAGCUGGAGAUGAGAAUGCAAGAGAAGGAGGAAGAAGAAAAACUGAAAUACAAAAAUCUGUUUCCUUAA